UGUAUGUCUGACGUCAUGCGUAAAACUCCUGCCAACUUUCAGCAGGAUCAAAAUCUAGAGACGCCCCCUAUUCUUUCUCCAAGUCAACAGGAAAGUCAGUCGAGAGGAGCGAGACGGACAGAACAAAGCAUGUCCAGCAGUCUCCCAGCACAGAACAAGAUGGACAAGCAAAAGCUGAGGCCUGAGAUCCCUCCUCGGGUGUCCAAAAGUUCAGCUCAGCGCCUCAGCAGAGAUCUGACCUGCUCUAUAUGUCUGGAUCUCUUCAAGCAGCCGGUCUCCCUGCCCUGCGACCACACUUUCUGUGAAGCCUGCAUCACCAGCUACUGGAGCGGCCCUCGUGUGAAAUGCCAGGCUGGAUCUGGGUCUUGUCCACAGUGCAGGAAGGUGUUUCACGGUCAGAGCUACAGGCCGAACCGCAUCGUGGCCAACAUCGUGGAGAGCUACUGCCAGGGCAUGGAGGAGAGCGGGGUCCGGCUGGGGGCUGUGUCUGAGCCGGCUCCUACCACGCCGCUCUGCAUGCGCCACAGAGAAGAGCUGAAGCUGUACUGCGAGGAGGACCAGGAGCUGGUGUGUCUGGUGUGCGGGAUCUCCCAGGACCACCGUGCUCAUACGCUGGUCUGCGUGCAGGACGCGCAACAGAGGUACCGGGCGUCUCUGACUACAUCUGCAAACGCCCUUCAGAAAGAGCUCAACACAGCUCUGGAGUGCGAGAGAGAGACUGAAGAGGAGGUCAAGAAACUCAAGGAUCACACAGCAGACCUGAAGCAGAGGAUCGAGGCUCAGUUCAGCGAGCUCCACCAGUUCCUCUACCAGGAGGAGAAGCUGCUGCAGGUGAAGCUGAAGACGGAGGAGCGCAGAGAGCUGAUCCGGCUGGACGAACACAAGGCUCUGCUCAGUGUGGAGAUCUCACGCCUGCGCAGAGCUGUGAACGAUAUCGAGGACAAGCUGAGCGAGCAGGACCCAUACACACUGCUCAGGAGUAUUAAGGGUCUGCUUCAGAGCAGGCAGCCACCCAAGUUUGAGAGGCCGACGCUGACGCCGCCCAGCCUGUGCGAGGGCCGAUUCGCCGGGCCCCUGCAGUACAGAGUCUGGAAGUCACUCAAGGGCAGCAUCUAUCCAGUUCCCUCCGCCAUCACGUUUAACUCCAAAACGGCGAAUCCUUGGCUGAGCCUGACCUCUUCUCUGACCUGUGUGAGAUACCAAACAUUCAACAGCAGCGUUCAGGACAAUCCUCAGCGCUUCAACGCGGCGCUGUCCCUCAUGGGCGGUCAGGGCUUCACUAAAGGCCGCCAUUACUGGGAGGUGGAGGUUUACAGCAGCACUGUCUGGACCGUCGGCGUCGCCCGUGAAUCUGUCACCCGGAAAGGCGUCAUCAACACCAUGCCUGCAAACGGCUUCUGGACACUCUCUCUGUCGUAUGGAGUUCAGUAUAUGGCCGGGACGUCUCCACCAACGCUGUUGUCCCUGGAGGAGCCGCUGGCCAGGAUUGGUGUCUAUCUGGACUAUAAGAGAGGCCUGGUGUCCUUUUAUAAUGCAGAGAGCAUGACGCACCUCUACACCUUCAGGGACACAUUCACCGAGACCCUCUUUCCAUACUUUAACCUGGGCUUCCUGGAUAAAGUGCACGAAAACGAGCCUCUUAAAGUGUUCAUGCCAAAAAUCUGAAUUUUUUAUCUUGCUAUAUAUUCAUGUGUAUUAUAUGUAGAUGACAUUUUUAUAUAAACGCUAGGCUGGUCCUAGAUUUUCUUUAUUUUAAAAGGGAUUGUUCACCCCAAAAUUUUAUUUAGCUCAUUAUUAAUUCUCCUCAUGUGGUUUUAAACAUUUCUGAGUUUCUUUCUUCUGUUGAACACAUUUGAAGAAUGCUGGUUGAUAGUAUUUACGUAAGAAAAAACAAAUACUAUGAAAGUCAAUGGGUGCCAGCAACCAGCAUUCCUCAAAUCAUUUUUUUUUUGUGCAAUAAACUCAAAUUGGUUUUGAACAAGCAAAGGGUGUAAAUAAUGACAGAAUUGUAAUUUUUGGGUAAACUAUCCCUUUAAUCGGUCAGUUACUCAUCAUGUUGUUAUAUAGCUAAAAUAUUUUUGUUCAACUUUGGAUUAUGAAAUCUGUGAGAUUUCUGUUCCUCCACUGAAAAUCUGUUCAUCCAUGAUGCUUUAAAGCAGUCAUUAAGAGAUAAUAUGAUCACUUUAUUAGAUUAACUCAUUUAAUUUAGGACCCAAUUAACAUUUAACCAAGUCAAAUUUGUAAUGUUUUUCAUACAGUAGAAUCUGUGUCCUGUUUAAUUGAUUUUUCACUGAGGUAAAUAUAAUGACUAUCAUUCAUUUUCAUGAUGAUUUACUGAACACCACAGUCGAAGACAAGUAAAUACAGUUUAUAUAACAACAUUUGAUUACAUAUUAAAAUAUUAUAUAAUAUUAGAGCCUCAAAAUACUAAUUGCUAUAAAUGCUAUAAACUUGCCUUGCCUUGCCUAAUUAAUUGCCCUUUGGAAACUGUCAAUGUUCUUCAAACCAUUUAUAAUAGAUAAUAUAUACACAUAUAUCAUUCCUCCUAUAAAUUUUAAUAAAUAUGUUGUUUCCUUUUUACCUAAAAAUGUUAUGCGGAAUGAGGAUGGAACUUUUUCACCCAUUACAUUUUAUUAUUUCACCCCUGUUCUUUGACUAAAAAGGUAAAACUUAUAUUUUAUGUUUUGUAUAUCAAAUAACAAGUGUAAAUGUAAUAUAAUUUGAUGUGGGACAUCUAGUCUUUGACCUAAGAACAGUGAACAUAAACAUAAGCUAAGCAUACUUGCUUGAUGCUGGAGAACACAACUCAUUGGUUAUGCAGAAGCUCAAAUGCGCCAUGUGACCCAUAAGAAUGAACCUCAUUGGCUAACAUGACUGAGCUUCUGUGGCCAAAUUUAUAUGCUGUAAAAAUUCAUGGUCAAUGUUUAAACAUGAAUUAUAAAGCGACCGUGGCUCUUCAGAACAUCUCUUCAUGUGAGGGGACAGAAAUCUCUCAGAUUUGAGUAAAAGUUUCUGCACAUAUGUGUCUAAAAAAUGAAAAUGUUAUGUAUUUAGGGCACAAAGAUACGGACGACAUUCUAUUAAGCACUUUGUUUAAAAUGUAAGACAAUUGCUAUCGUAUAUACUUUUUUAACAAUGCAUUGGGUUAGUAGAAGCACAUGGAAAAUGAAAACAAAUCUUAAACAUUGGUUGGACGCCAUGUACUAUGACCCUUUCCCACUUUAAAGCUGCUAUAUGUGAUUUUAUCUUGGACUGCUAAAGCAAAUGUUACCCCAGUACAGAUAUCACUGCAUUUGCAUACAUAUUCUACACGUUCAUGUUAAUGUUAUGUUAUAAAUCCAAACAUUCAUAAACAAAUAGGUGAGCGUUUGUUAUUAAGUCAGCCCCUGCUGGAUGAUAUCGGAACUACAUUGUUCUGAGAGCAAAAAUCAUAGACUAUUAUUCUGAAAUUCCUUUGCAUCUUACAUUAAAACAUGUUUUUUUGCAAGCAACGUAUUAUCAAAAAUUAUUUCCGUAUAUACACGAGAUAUAUCCAGCUGCAGAACCGCAGAACCACACACGUUUCAGGCACACACAAUCUAGCACACACGAUUUAGGCAUAUAUAAUGGUAACUUAACUCCUUAGCAUUAUCGCCACCUAAUGAAUUUCACAAAUAUGGCUUCCCAUUCCAGUCAUUAUUAUUAUUAUAUCGUAACGAUCAUUUUAACAUCCCUGCAGUUUCUGAACCCAAAUUAUGUAAAUAAAAAUAAUUGGUUAUAGACACUUAUGACUUUAUUCAAGUGUCCACAUACACAAAGAAAACCGUCAGACUGACACAAUUUACAUUGUAUAAGCACUAUACAAAUAAAGGUGAA